GACUUCUGCCCUAUCCCUUCGCACAAGUUUUGAAACACGAAGGAGGCAUUCGGAGCCACACUCCUCCGCGCUUUAGUACGAGAGGGAAGAGGGGAAUCCAUGGCUACUCUCUCACUGUGGACUCGAUGGCCGACCUUCCGCGCUAUUCCCGAUUCCUGCUCCGCACUUCCUUCAUCAGUUCCCGACGUCCUUCUCUUCCGUUCCCAUCACCCCCAACGUGCGGCUAUCUCCUGUGAUGCCUCCAAGCCAACGGCCACCACCACCACUUCCACCGGGAAGAAGGGGCCUCGUGGUAUCAUGAAGCCACGCCCCAUCUCACCCGCUCUUCAGGAGCUUGUUGGUGUCCCGGAAAUCCCACGCACUCAAGCCCUCAAGCAGAUUUGGGCUUAUAUCAAGGAGAAGAACCUUCAGGACCCUGAUAACAAGAAAAUCAUUAUUUGUGAUGAGAAGCUCAAGAAAAUAUUUGCAGGUAAAGAAAGGGUUGGCUUUCUUGAGAUCUCUGGUCUGAUCAAUCCCCACUUCUUGAAAUGACCUAUGGAUAAUUGGCGUGUUUCAAAAGUUAGGCGAGGAGGUGGAGGAAUUAGCAUUUUUGUACAUGUUAACUUUUAGCUGCUCGUAGUGAUAGAACAAAUGGGACCUUUAGAUUUUGGUGGCAAUAUGGCACCUUAACGGAUUGCUGCGUCAUGUUACAGCUUCUCGAAAUGCUUAGCGUGCACAGUAAUCAGUAAAAUUUGACUCUCUGUCUGUGUGUGUGUGUGUGUGUGUGUGUGUGUUUGUGUGUGAGUAAAGCAAGAAAUAUUGGAUUGA